AGAGAGAGAGAGAGAGAGAGGCGCGACGCGACACAAGCUCGUGGGGGAAACCAAGAAGGAGUCGUGGACAAUGGAUUCGCGAACGAAAGGACUUUCCGAUGAUUAAAGGAUUAAAGGUCUUCGAUGAACACGAGACACCAGGAGGAGAAGCAGAGGGCUAUGCUGUUUCUGCUCGUCUUUACUGCUGUUUGAUUAACCAUGAUGAAGACUGAACCCCCAUCUGCAGCCAGCGCAAACACUGGCACCACCCUCGUAGCAAGAAGCGCAUCGCCGCACAGGAACGCCUAUGAAGCUGGAAUUCAAUCUCUCAAGCCGGUAAAAGAUUCCAGUGCUGCUAAGGGCGAGGAGGGGAAACCUCGACCCCAGGGCUGGGGCCGCAGGUACGGCUCCAAUGUGCACCGUAUCAAGAAUAUGUUCAUGCAGAUGGGUUCUCCUGGGGAUGAAGAGGAUCCAUCGAAGGCCAAAGACCAGUCCAUCCGACUCUCUCUCCCCAGAGCGAGCAGUCUGAAUGAGAACGUGGAUCACAGCGCGCUGCUCAAACACGGCGGGACUGUGUCAGAGCGAGUUAGCCGCUUCGAUGGAAAGACCGAUGGUGGCGGCUCCCGUGGACCAUCCACAGGCUUCUCCAAGCUACAGGAGACAAGGAAGAUAUUUGAGCAACGUCACCUGCAGGAGAAGCAGGCUGCGACUAAUCGAAUCCUGUUGAAGAAAGAGCGGGCGUCAGGCUUCCAAGACAGCCGUUUGGAUGUGGUGGUGCGCUUCAACGGCAGCACGGAGUCAUUGGACAGACUGGACGCGGGGGACUGUCGCGCUGAUGCAGUGUCCCCAACAGUCAGCCAACUGAGCGCUGUGUUUGAAAGGGCCGACCAGCGCAACAACCUGUACCGACCGUCCUCAACCUCCCCGCAGCCUUCUACCCCGGCCAAGGUGGGAGGAAUCAGCUCCAAAGUUGUCACUAAAAAGACACGAGUCUCCCCUCCAACGGAGAACCAAGAGGAGGGAGCUCAGCGCAACGACCAAGAGGCUGCACCUGGGAGUCCGAAGAGUAGGACAAGCAUCCAAGCUGAUGGACCCAAAGGCAAACCAUCCGAGGAUGCUGCUGCUGGUACGGAUUUAGAUAAGUCUAGGUCAGAAGAGGGUUCCAAACCAGAGGAGCAUGCAGCCCCAGGAGCACCGAAUGCUGGGAGCAGACUGGUACAGGCGGAUGUCCACGCCUCUCUGGAAAAUGGAGAGGCCACCAGCAGCCAUGAGCCCUCAGAACAAAAGGAGGAAAUCGGACAGGCCUGCGCCGAGGAGGAAUUCCACAGAGAGGAUAUCUCAGAAGCAGACCUGGUGGACAUCAGCGCGUACAGCGGGAUCGGAGAGGACUCUGGUGGGAGUCAGCUGGAUGAAGACGAGGAGGCUGAGGAUGAUGAUGCUUACGAACCAGAAUCCAGCUGUUCGGAAAUCCCCGGGCUGCCUGUGGAAGAUGAACCACCCCCCAGCAGGAAGAUCCGUUUCAGUAUAAACCCCAUCAAGGUCUUCACCACAUACUCGAACGAGGACUACGACAGGCGUAAUGAUGAUGUUGACCCCAUGGCGGCUUCGGCCGAGUAUGAACUGGAGAAGAGGGUGGAGAGACUGGACCUUUUCCCCGUGGAGCUGGAGAAAGAUAAAGACGGAUUGGGAAUCAGCAUCAUCGGGAUGGGUGCCGGCGCAGACAUGGGGCUGGAAAAACUGGGAAUCUUCGUCAAGACAGUGACGGAAGGAGGAGCCGCCCACCGAGACGGAAGGAUCCUGGUGAAUGACCUGAUCGUGGAGGUGGACGGAACCAGCCUGGUGGGCGUGACCCAAAAUUUUGCUGCGGCGGUCCUCAGGAACACCAGCGGCACUGUCAAGUUUGUGAUUGGCCGGGAGAAGCCGGGGGAACAGAGUGAGGUGGCCCAGCUGAUCCAGCAGACACUGGAGCAGGAGAGAUGGCAGAGAGAAAUGAUGGAGCAGCGCUACAACCCCUACAUGGAAGAAGAUGAAGUGACGGGUGAAUAUGCCACCGAUGAAGAAGAAGAGAUGAGCCCCAUGUUUCCUAACGCCAUCGAGGUGUUCGAGCUGGCGGAGAAUGAAGACAUGCUCUCUCCUGUGGAGAUGGACCCAGAGAAACUUGCACACAAGUUUAAGGAGCUCCAGAUAAAACAUGCUGUGACCCAGGCUGAGAUCCAGCAGCUCAAGAAGAAGCUGGCUCACGCUGAGCAGGAUAAGCAGCGCUGGCGGAUGGAGAGGGCUCAGCUGGAGCAGACGGUGAGAGAGAAUAAGGAGCGGAUGGAGAAGCUGGAGGGCUAUUGGAUGGAGGCUCAGAGCUUGUGUCAAGCGGUGGAUGAGCACCUGAAAGAGACGCAGACGCAGUACCAGACGCUGGAGCGCAAGUACAGCAAAGCCAAACGCCUCAUCAAAGAGUACCAGCAGAAAGAGAUUGAGUAUUUGAAGAAGGAGACGGCCCAGCGCAGAACACAAGAGGAGUCAGAGGCCAGCCACAAGGUGGAGACAGAAAACCUCCAGGAGAAGAUUACUGACUUGGAGUCAAAGGUUGGCGCUCUGAAGAGCUUGGAGCCGUCGUAAACCUUCCUCUGUGGAAAUGACGGAGAGAACGACAGAAACGCCUUGAACUCCGCCCACUCUACCCUCCGACCACAUUUUCCCUCCAUGGCCUGAAGAGCCUGAUGGACUACAGGAAACAUGCCGAGGGGAUGUUACCGGGGACAAAGAGGGGACAAAACACACUGUACCAGACGCCUGAGGGACGGCCAUCAGGAGGCCCUUUUUAUAGUCAUUUAGUCAUGUUCUCCGUUUCUUUUUAAGCGCCCUUAAAGGUAUUAUGAGCCUCUCUGCUCUCGGCAGGAAUGUAAAACCUCUUCGUUAAUAAACGUUCACUCACGUGCUUGCAGGAGAAAAGCUGGUUAAAGACGGCACGGAUGCCCACACGCACCCUUAAUAAGUGUAGGACUGGAGCGAGAGGCGGCCUGUAUAGCAGUGACUGACAAGAGGACUGUCUGUAUAUAUUCUGCCAUAUAUUUAAAUAUUAAAACCGCUUAAGCAAUGUGCCGGGGGGGAGGAGAAGGGGUAAGGGCUUUCUUUACUUUUCAAGUCUAGACAAAUCAUACGGUGAAAAUGAAUCAAUUUUUGCAUGGCAAAAGAGAGGGUUUUUUAGGACAAAAUUGGAAAACAGGGUGUGAAAAGUGUAGCGUUAGUAGAGUUAGCAUUCAGGGGCUUCUCAUGUUUGCUUUCUGUGUAAAGACGUGUCAAUGGAAGUAGAAUGAAUAGGGGCUUAUGGGUGAUGUUUCUUCAUUAGGAGAAGCAUCACGUUGUGAUUGUGGUUAGGUGGCGCAGUGCUCGUGUGCCUCGGUCAACCCUGCAGUGUCGUCCGACUCUGUGACGUGACAGGGGAAGACUUCUGCAUCAAUCAGAAAUAUGGCCUUGUUUAAUUGCUACCCGAAACCUUUCACCAGCCUUCUGUGUUCAAGCAGGCUUGUAGUGUGUUUACUCCAAUGAGCCACAGUAAGUGCACUACAGAGAGUCCAGGAGAAUCCUAAAGUUUUCCGCUUAAUUCCUCCUCUGUCUGAUUCAUUCAGUAUUAUCAUUCCAUAUGAUGUGGGAUCUCCUUUAAGUUGGUUUGUGGUGUUAUAAGCCACCUUUGUCUUCGUUAUGCCGUGUUAUAAGUGUUUUUGUUGUUUAUUGUACUCCUGGGAAAACUGGAAUUCUGACACAGGAAUUUGAGACUUCGAUUAUAUGUCCUCUUUUUCAAAUCAAAUCCACAGAUGAUCUCAAGUUUGGCAUGUUAGAGACACCGAGCCUCAUUGAUAGGAUACGAGCAGAAUUAAGCGUCGAAAUGUUCGUUAAAGCACUCUUGGGGGCCGUUCACACAGAAAAGAACAGAACGCCUUCUGUGUGAACGGCCCUCAGUCUGUGGAGCGCAGAUGAUUUUCUUUAACUGACGCAGAUAGUUGUGUCUUGUUCUCACUGUUGGGCCUCUUUACAUCAACCAUAAUAAUGAAAGAGAAUCAAGUUGUUUUUUUACAUGCCAAAAAAAAAACUCUUAUUCUUGGCUCAGUAUUGAAAACCUUAGAGCAUUGGAGUUCUUCCCAUUUCCCUCUCUAAAGUGUUUGAGUCUUGUUCAGCUUUUUACGAACUGUUACCAUUUUGCGUGGUUUUCAAAACGUUUCCCUUUAACUAUUACAAGUCAUUUGCAGUUUUUUGGUUGAAAUGUUGAUAAAGCAGCAGGGUAAGUGUUUUGUGAAACGAUGGUAGGAACAUAAUAGGAAUCGUUAAACCAUUAAUAUUCUGCCGCUAACUUAUUUUGAACGUCAGUCAUCGAAAACUGCAAUUAGACUGAGUUUAUGUCUGACUUUCAUUGUCAUAGUCACCUAAAAUCAUUUUUCAAGUAAGCGAGAGUAAGCACUGACUGGAAAUGAUUUUCUCGCUCCAUUAAAUAUGGGACUUUUAUCUCAUUGACUCUUACAACUGGGUUGACAAGGAUGUGCUGUGUAUAGUUGUGUUUUCAGUGAGCCUCUGUUUGCUGAAAUGUAAUGUGCUGGCUAGUGCACAACGACCUUGUGUACGGAUGUCCAGAGGUGACACAGUUGAAACAUAGACACAUUCAUUUCAUAUUCCCGUGCGUCUCACUGUAGAAACGAGCAAACUGGGUUUUUAUGGAGGUAACGGACACUUUGAAUCAUUUAAACGCUUUUAAAUUUGACAUUUUAGCUUAGCUUAGCUUAGCUUAGCUGCUGCCUUUAAUGAAAUGAAUUUGCUUCCAUGUACAGGAAAGAGGUCUGUGUUUUUCUCCUCACUUGCUGGUGUAAUAGUUAGUUCCUCUUUAUUUUCGGUGUCCUAUGUUGUAUUAAAAUCUAAUAAUAAAAUGAGUACAAAAUAACAUGUUUAAAAAGGUUACAUUACAGUGUUGUUAAACAAGCAGCAAUUUGCUUGGCUCUAUAUUGGAGGGGGGAAAAAGUGUCAACAAAUGCCACAAUUGUAAUUUGAUUGCCAAAUUGAUGAUAUUAGCGCAUUUGUCUGACACCUAACAUGAAGCAGGAACGCCGAUUUUAUAGUUGUUUCACGAACUGGGCUCCAUUUCCUCUGUAGGCUGCUCUUUAGUUCCUUUCUUAACCCUGCUGUGUAAAUUGCUACAACAUGAACCAGAGGAAGAUGUUCUCCAUUUGAAGUAAGCAUCAUCAUGUUCAAUAAUUGCACAAGUACUGUCAUAAUAAAUACAGAAAUGUGCUGAGCAAGAUUGAAA